GACGGAGAGGGGAAGCGGCGGCGGCGGCAGAGCGCGCAGGGCCGGCCGGCGGCGGCGGGGCCCAGGACGCUGGCCUACGGAGCUCUGGGGGCGGCGGCUACCGGACUCUAGCAGUUUUUCUGGAAAUCCCCUCCCUCCCCCCGGGUAAGUGUCAAGGAAAAGUGACAUUCCAGCUCAAGAAAAAUUUUUUUACAUCUUCAGCCAAAGAAAUAAAACUCGAGGGGAGAAAGGAAAGGGAGAAAAAACAAACUAACAAACCAUCAGCUGUCCUUGAGAACAGCCGAGUGGAAUCAUCUAAAGUGAGUGAGGAAAGGAAGGUGAUAUUGACUGUAUGUGGAUUGUGGGGUCAGUAAGUCACAUGAGAUUCUUGAUGUUGGGACUGGGUUAGGAAUAAUUGUACUUUUAGAGGAGAGGUGAUGAGAAAUGAAAGUGAAUGUGAUCUGGAACCUGGAUUUGGCUUUACUCAGAAGGCUUUCUGUCCUGGGCGUUGGUGAGCUCUGACCCUGUGUUCCUGUCAGGGUUAGCUAUAGGGUUGGCACUAAGGAGUGGGACUUACUGCCUGAGGCAGUGAAGCAGUGGCCUUGAUUUGUAUUCUGGAAGAUUUAAAAAUUGAAAAGAAUAAACAUUCUGGUCCUUCAGCAAUGCUUUCUCUGAAGAAAUAUUUAACAGAAGGACUCCUCCAGUUCACCAUUCUACUAAGCUUGAUUGGGGUGCGGUUGGACGUGGAUACUUACCUGAACUCGCAACUCUCUCCACUCCGGGAAAUCAUCCUGGGGCCCAGUUCUGCCUACACACAGACCCAGUUCCACAAUCUGCGGAAUACCUUAGACGGCUAUGGGAUCCACCCCAAGAGCGUAGAUCUGGACUAUUACUUCACAACCCGGCGGCUUCUUAACCAAGUGAGGGCCCUGGACAGGUUUCAGGUGCCUACCACAGAGGUGAAUGCCUGGCUGGUCCAUCGAGAUCCUGAAGGCUCAGUGUCUGGCAGCCAGCCCAGCUCAGGCCUUGCUCUGGAUAGUGCUAGUGGCCUGCAGGAUGUGACAGGUUCAGAAAGUGGGGUACGGGAAAGUGAAGCUGAACAGGGAUUCGGGGAAGAGUUGGAAGAUCUUGGAGCUGUGGCUCCUCCAGUCAGUGGAGAGUUAACCAAAGAGGACAUUGAUCUGAUUGACAUCCUUUGGCGACAGGACAUUGAUCUGGGUGCGGGGAGAGAGAUAUUUGACUAUAGCCAUCGCCAGAAAGAAAGUGAAGUGGACAAGGAGCUGAGAGAUGGGGGGGAAUGUGGGGACAGCUGGCCAGAUGAGGGAACUGAGGCCCUGGCUCGAAACCUGCUAGUGGAUGGAGAGACGGGGGAAAGCUUCCCUGCACAGGUGCCUGGUGGGGAGGACCAAACAGCCCUGUCUUUGGAGGAGUGCCUUAGGCUGCUGGAAGCUACCUUCCCCAAAGGGGAGGAGUCUGAGUUUCCAGCUUCAGAUGUUUCCAGUAUAACAGAAGCUGUGCCUACUGAGAGUGAAUCUUCAGUUAUUCAGAACAGUCUCCUGUCCCCACUUCUGACAGAGACAGAAUCUCCAUUUGAUCUGGAACAGCAGUGGCAAGACCUCAUGUCAAUCAUGGAAAUGCAGGCUAUGGAAGUGAACACAGCAACAAAUGAAAUCCUCUACAGUGCCACAUCUGGAGACUCCCUGAACACCAAUUACAGCCUCGCUCCCAGCACUCCCAUCAACCAGAAUGUCAGCCUGCAUCAGGCGUCCCUGGGGAGCUGCGCCCAGGAUUUCUCACUCUUUAGCCCAGAGAUUGAGAGCCUUCCUGUGGCUGGUGGAUCCACCCUGCUCCAGUUGGCCCCCAAUAACUCCACCAGCCUCAACUCCACCUUCGGUUCCACUAACCUGACAGGGAUCUUUUUUCCUCCUCAGCUCAACAGCACAGCCAAUGAGACCGCCGGUCCUGAGCUGCCUGACCCUUUGGGCGGCCUGUUGGAUGAAGCCAUGUUGGAUGAGAUCAGCUUGAUGGACUUGGCCAUUGAGGAAGGUUUUAACCCGGUGCAGGCCUCGCAGCUCGAGGAGGAGUUUGACUCUGACUCGGGACUUUCCCUGGACUCGAGCCAUAGCCCUGCCUCUCUGAGCAGCUCAGAAGGCAGCUCUUCUGCCUCCUCCUCUGCCUCCUCCUCUGCCUCUUCCUCCUUUUCAGAGGAAGGUGCUGUGGGCUACAGCUCUGACUCUGAGAAUCUGGAUUUAGAAGAGACUGAGGGGGCCGUGGGUUACCAACCUGAAUAUACCAAGUUCUGUCGCAUGAGUUAUCAGGACCCCUCCCAGCUCUCCUACUUACCCUUCCUGGAGCAUGUGGGGCACAAUCAUACCUACAACAUGGCCCCUGGUGCCCUGGAUGCCUCAGACCCGCAACUCCCCGGGUCCCUUAAGAAGGGCAAUAGAGAGAAGCAGGCCGACUUCUUGGACAAGCAGAUGAGCCGGGAUGAACACCGGGCCCGAGCCAUGAAGAUUCCCUUCACGAAUGACAAGAUUAUUAACCUGCCAGUGGAAGAGUUCAAUGAGCUGCUAUCCAAGUACCAGCUGAGCGAGGCCCAGUUGAGUCUCAUCCGAGACAUCAGGCGCCGAGGCAAAAACAAGAUGGCAGCUCAGAAUUGUCGUAAACGGAAACUAGAUACCAUCCUUAACCUCGAACGGGAUGUGGAGGACCUGCAGCGGGACAAGUCCAAGCUGCUCAGGGAAAAGGUGGAGUUCCUCAAGUCCCUGCGCCAGAUGAAGCAGAAAGUGCAGAGUCUGUACCAGGAAGUGUUUGGGCGGCUGCGGGACGAGAAUGGGCAGCCCUACUCCCCCACGCAGUAUGCCCUGCAGUAUGCUGGGGAUGGCAGUGUCAUCUUAAUACCCCGCACACUGGCUGACCAGCAGGCCAGGCGCCAAGAAAGGAAGCAGAAAGAUAGGAGGAAGUGAGCCUGCCUGGAGAGGAGGGGGACAAAGCUCACUCUGAUAGAAACUGGAGAAAGGCUGUGCCUGGAAGUGCUGGAGGAACUUUGAUGCCUCUUAUCCAAUAUAUCUUCUCAGACAUGACAACUGCCGGUCAGUGUACAGGAAGAUGGGCGGGCCCUCCACUGUUUGGCUAUGCUCGCCCUGGCCCUUUCCCCUCCUUCACCUCCACAGUGGGGGCUGAGGGCACUUUGGGGCUCCUGGAGGGGAAGAGAAGCCCACCCACACCCAUUGUUUUUGGAGGGCAGGGAUGGAGCUAGCAUUGCUGGGGGGUGGGAAGAAGCUGAAAGGUGAGUGCCAUUGUGGGUGAUAAAGGAAGAACCUUGUGAAAGAAGGAGUGAAGGAAAGAGUCUGAUUUUUGGAUAAAGGUAAAACACCCCAAAAAAUCAAAGCGGGAAGAAAACCACGGGGGGAAACCUAAGCUGGAAUUCCAGACUAUGGGUUUUUGUGACUGAGUCUUGGUCUUCUAUGUGAGUAAACCCUACCUAUUUCACCCUGGGGAAGAGGGGGUGACUGUCACUUUACAAAGUGGGUUGGGGGAGGGGUCCCCUAUUAACUCUUUAAAAUUCCAUGUACAUCAGCAUUCUUGGAGGGAACUCCUGAAGCCUCCCUCCACCCCAAUUUUUUUUUUAGUCACUUAGGCGCUAUUGAGACCCUAUGCCAAAUACCUUAGGAGGGUUUUGGGGUCAAAGGGAAGAGUUAGCAGGGCAAAGGGUGGAAAGAGCCAUUAGGCCACAUAUUUCCCCCACCCACCAAGCAUGUGGCACUCACUGCCCCCACUCUCAACUCCUCCCUAGCCAGCUCCAAAACUGCACCAUUCCCACUGCAGCCUGCAUGUGAAUGCUGUACUCUUUCCAUCCCCACUCCCCACUGGUUGAAGCACUUUGAUGUUUUAAGAGUUUCCUGGGGGGGGAACUCCUGGGUCUGGGAGUUGUUUCCUCCUCCUUUUAGAAAGAGGGGAGAGGCCCCCAGCCGCCAUCUUAGGGAGAGGUAGGAGGAGAAGCUUCUGUGGCAAUCUCCAACCAGUAUUCAGCACAAUGUUGGGGAGUAGCCCAUUCUUCCAUCCCUCCCUCUCUCCCUCCCAACAACUGGGCUUGUCACUGAAAAACUAGGCCUCUGUUAGGAUUUCUCAGAAUUUCUUUCUUGCGCUUUGAUUUUUUAGGGCUUGAGCCCUGUUUUUACUUCUAGGGUUUAGAGUGUUUGUGUUGAGUAAAAGGGAGAUGCCCCAAUAUUCAAAGCUGCUAGAUGUUCUCUUUGCCAUAAAGACUCCGUGUGACUGUGUGAACACUUGGGAUUUUUCUCCUCUGGCCUGAGGUCAGUCUGUCUUUUUUGGAUUUCUUUCUGGAGAAAUGAAUAGUGAGUUUGGUGGGGGCCUAGAGCACCAUCCCACUUUAGGGCACAGAUGGUUUUUUUCUAGAUGCCUCAGUUCAACAAGGGCAACAUGGGACCUGGUAAAGGCAGGAAGGGGAAAUAUCCACAUGCGGCUGAGACUGAGGGUCCCAGUAGCACCUGAGGCACCCAUUUUUGUUUUUGUCUUGAAUUUAGUUUGCAGCUAAGAUCACCUCAGGGCUGGGUUCCUAUAAGAAGUUUCAGUUUCUGAAUCAGUAGAAGAGAUCUGGGGGAUGGAGGUGGGAGCACUGAUUUCCCCCCCCUCCAUCUGGAGGUCUCAAUAAGUAGCAGGAACAGAAAGGAAUAAGCUUGGAAAAUGCUUAAAUUAUUUUCUUCUUGUUUUAUUUUUAAUUUAUCUCUGUGACCUGCCAGGGAGAGAGGAGAGAGAGAGAGAUGCUGUGAGCACAUGACAAAAUAAAAUAAACUAUAAUAAAAUGGCUGAUUCACUCACUCAAGUGCAAUUUUUUUCCCCCUUUGAGUUUAAUUUUUGGGGAGCAAGGGCCUCAGCUACAGUGAAACUACAGUAAAGGGCCCUUAGCUAGUCAGCCAUUUGUGUGGCUGCAGCCAAACCUGAACUGAUAACUAGAGAAAGCAGAAUGGGGAAGAGAGUGUUUUUGUUUGUUUGUUUGUUGAUUUUUUUUUUUUAAGAAAAAUCUUAACUAUAUUUUUUUAACCUUUCAUGUAUUGUGCAGGUGAGCUAUGUUUGGGGAGGAGGGUCUCUUUUCCCAGCCUGUGUCAUUUGGUCCCUGUUAUGAUGAAGGGCAAAGGAUUAAAAAUUCACUUUUGGCCACCUCUACACAGUGCUGGCCUGAUUGAAGUGUUAUUCUUAGGGAGUCCAGGCUAGGCCCUGAUACCUGGCCCUUGCUUCCUGUCUCUUCACCUGCUAUGACUUGUAUUUUUAUGCCUGACCUUGUGCUGUGUGUAAUUUGCUCCAGUGGCCUCUGCCUGCAGAUAAUUACAGUGCAUUCUCGCCCUAUGGUAAUAAAAACCCGAGAGCCACCUUGUGCUGUAAAGCCCAACAUUGCAGCAUGGCUGAAACGAGGGCUUAUGAUGCUGGGGGAGGGGACUGUCUGAAAUAAAUGCCACCAAGCUGGAAAUAA